AAAAAAACCAAAAAAAAAAAAAGGUAUCAUCAACAGGCUCCCGCCAUUUGAGACCCUUAUAUUUGAUUUUAAGCCUUUGAAAAUUGUACGUAUUUCAUUUCAAACAAACAAAAAUGGAGGAUGAUAAGAAGAGAUGGACUGUCACCUACUCGAAGCACAUCAAACAGAAGAGAAAGGUCUAUCAAGACGGCUUCUUAGAUCUUCACAUAUCAACCAACAAGGUGAUGCUGUACGAUGAUUGCGAGAAGCUGUUGGAGUGCAGGAUCCUCAAAAAAGAUGAGCUUGUGACGUCUGGUGAAACGCUCACGUUCAAUGCUUAUUUUGUUAGUGUUGGUGAUCCAGAGGGAGACCAUAAACCUUUAUCUGAUCUGAAUUCUCAAACAAGAGAUAGAACAUCUAAUCAUAAACCUAGACUGUUUCGCGUCCAUAAGUUCAAGAAUAGCUCAAUUUCUUCUGAAGAUAGAGAAUGUAUUCAGCAGAGAAAUAAAGCACAGAUGAGAAGUCUAAGCCCGUCGCGGAAGAUUAUUAGAGAGUUUAAGAGGAGUGAACUGCAGAAAUAUGGAGCAGCACAUGCUAGCCCAGAUACAGUCAAAACCAGCACAGCAGAAUGGCAGGUUCUGUACACAAUGCAGCUAACUCAAAAGGCUAAGAAAUACCAUGAUGGUUUCUUACAAUUUAGAACUCGUGGAUCCCUGGGGAGGCAGGUGACAUUGUUUGAUGCAAGUAGGAAACAACUGGAUAGCAGAUUCCUAAAGAAAGAUGAAGUAAUAGAAUCUGGCAUAUCAAUAACACUUGAUGGUCAUUUGGUUGAAGUGGGAGAAUAUGAAGCAAACCUUGUUCAAGGGAACAAUUUGAACAUUUCUGGGAAAGAGAUAAGGCAUGGAACUUAUAAUUUGCUGGAAAGCGAUAAAUCUGUCAGAAAAGAAUGGCAGGUUAUGUACACUACACAAUUAACUAAAAAAGCCAAGAAGUAUCAUGAUGGUUUCUUGCAAAUUGCAGAUGUUGGAACCCAAGGAAGACAGGUGAUUUCCAAAACUAGAGUCAUGCUAUAUGAUACAAGCAAGAAACUCUUAGUUAGUAGGUUCCUCAAGAAGGAUGAAGUAAUAAGAUCUGGCGAAUUGUUAGCUUUCGACACUCAUUUGGUUGAUAUUGGAGAAUCAGAAGAAAACAGCAAAAGUUCCAGGGAUUUGAAUUCUCAGAAGACUAAUCGCGAUGCUGUUGGAAAAAUAGGAACAUCGCAGGAGCAGCAGCAUUGCCCUAAAAUAGAUAAAUAUAUUGUAAAAGGAAAACCUCAAAAAAGUGUGUCUUCCGUGGAACAUUCAAAUCCAACAUUUUGCAUCUCUAAACCUAGCAAAAUUAUCUCUUCAGACAAGCCUUUACGUGAUGCUCAUCAGAUCCUCUCUAUUCUCCAGAAACCAGUGUCUCAAGAGCGCAUUUCUGAUGGUCCUUGUCCUGAUAGCAUUAUGAGGCCAGUUUCUCCCGUGAAGAAACUUCAAGAUUCAGGUUCCGCUAAAAGUCUUCUUGGAGAUAGUCAAUUUCCAAGAGCGUCAAUAUCAACAGGCAGAUGCAGUGAGAAUGUCGCAAAUCUUGAAUCGAGUCAGGAUAUGGACAUGGGGAAACUCUCAGAGCUCCCUCCUUUCUUAGCAGCCCGUGGUGCCAAUCAAUUCCCCAGUGCUUCCAGUGACCCGAUUGGUAAUGAAAGGAAAAGCUCUAAAGAACUCGAAAGUGCUGGCAAGACGAAUGAAUGUCCAAGUUUUGACCUUGGAUUUUGAGCAACAGUUACGAAAGCAUUACUAAAUUUGCAUGAGUAGACAAUGAAGCUGAUCUCUGAGGCUCUGAAGGGUACUGGAGACAUUGGAAAAUUCUCAAAAAUCAGAAGCAAAAGGCAUUACAGUGAAGCACAGAUUUGAAAGCUGGCAUAAUGCAUUUGAAAUGGUUGUAGCUUUAGCAGCAACUUCAUUUCAAAUUUACACAAUGUUCAGCAAAAAAAGAGUAGAACUUCAAUAUCGUUAAGCUUACCCUUUUUCUAGAAUGAUUUGGAGAAAUAGAUCUCUUUAGAGCAGAUCCAGACCGUAGGAGAGACAGGCCGAAGGGAGAUGUUGAUCGUUUCUCUGAUGUCAAAGAACCAUAUAUGAAUGAAGCAUGUCCAGUUGUUUUUCAAGGCGAUUAAUUCAAUACAAAUACAGAGAUGUAUGUUGAAUCCCUAUAAAAAUAGACCUUUAAUAAGUAA